AUGAGUUUGAUGCUUAAGGUUCAGAAAGUAGAUAUGCGAGUUGCAGAGUAUUUGGAUGAAGCUAGUAGGGAUAGGUGGGCUAGAGUUUAUGCAACUGUUAGUCGAGGUUGGACAAUGACUUCUAACAUAGCGGAAUGUAUUAACAAACAUCUUCUAGCUGCUAGAGAACUGCCGAUAUAUGACUUUCUGGAAGAUAUUGAACCAUCAACAGAAUUUGUGUACACGGUACAUGAUGGACGAAGGCGUUUCAUUAUUAAUCUGAGUAACAAAACAUGCAGUUGUCGUAUGUUUCAAUUAGACGAAAUCCCAUGUCCGCAUGCAUGGGCUGUUAUAAAACAGAAACAUUUGGUUGUUGAUGAUUAUUGCUCUGAUUUAUUCAAGCCGGAGACAGUUGUAAAGACAUACGAUAUUGCUGUGGAUCCUCUACCAAACGAGCGUGAAUGGAAAAUUUCAAAAGACAUCUUGGAUGAAGUGGUGUUGCCGCCGAGAUACAAAAGACCACCUGGUAGGCCAAAGAAGAGGCGUGACAAACCUUUACAUGAAUUAAUGGCUGGAAAAAAGAGACAUGCUUGCAAAGACUUGUGGACAACUUGGACACAAUAG